AUGAAGGAGAAAGUUGGCAGGAUUUGCUACAACCUGCUAGUUUCAUCACACCCGCCAGAUAUACACACCUACAACACGCUCAUUGUUGCGUUUAACAAAUCAGGCCAUCAUUCAUUUGCCGAGGCACUAGUUGCUUCGUUCUUCCAGUACCGACUUUUACAACCUACACCAUCCACAUUCAUCGCCAUCUUAAAUCACUACCAAUGCACUAAUAACCAUGGAAGAUUCUUACGAGCCCUCGCAUGCAUUACCGGACUGGACAACCGAACUGGCGCAAAAGUUCGCCGGAGGCACGUAUCGGACAUUGAAGAAAACCCAAAUCUCCUACCUUGGGCCCUGGACUCUAGACGCCGAACUCUCACUGGGGACUAUAUCUGGGACCAUCUACCACUCUCGCAACCUUUGGUAGAAGAAAUCAUCGGCGGUCUACUUCACUUCAAGCUCUUUGACCAGGCUGCGGCGUUUUUCAUUUCAUGCGUGCAGUCUGGAGUCAACCUGAGCUUGAAUUCAGUCAAAUUCUUCCUUGAUGAAUGCAUCAAUGCUCUGGACUGGAAAGCUGCAGUUCGAUUGACUUCCAGCUUCGCACGUUCCCAGCCAACUUUGCAGAGGCUGCUCAGAGUGGGAGGGGAUAGCGAGAAUGCCUCGUACAUUGCCGACCGAAUACGAGUAUUGCUAGACAUCUGUGGUCUUGAUGGUUCAGAUAAGCCGUCAAAGUCGCUUCUAGUCAACUUGAAGAUUUCGGGUCCCUCAUUUACGAAGCUCCUCAACACAUUGACCCAGGAGGCCGGGCCCCCGAAAGAGAGGCUGACGUCCGGAGAAGAGAUAUACAGGAGUAAAAGCAGAGUGCUGCAACUGGAGAGUAUAUGGAAAGAGUAUGAGUUUGUGAGAAAGACUACGAUCUCCAUCGAGAGCAAGCUCCUCUACCCCGACUUCUCACGGACCUUUCGAGCCUCAAUGGCACUCCAUAUUGGCAAGACGGCCACGCAAAGAAGCGAGCAGUUGGAUCAAGAGCUGACACAACUCAUGGAGAGCACCUCUUUGAUUGGAUCGACAUCGCAGCCACUUAUAGAGAGUGAAGAUGCUACGGAGCGCAACCGUCCUCCAGAUACAAUACCCCUUUCCGAAGAACCCGCGCACGCAGAGUCAGACAUGUCUUUGCACAGAUAUGCGACAAGGUCUGAGAAGUUGGAAUUUUUCGACCAUGGGAAUACAGUUGAGUCCAAGCUCACAAGACCGAGACCUGGGCAAUUGCUCCCAGCUUGGCCGACUUGUCUACCAAGUGAAGACAGCGUUCUUCGGAGAAUGGCUGUGACUAAUGCGAGGAUGAUGAGAACUGAAGGAUGA